AUGCCGCACCUGUCACAGAAGGCCGGGGCUCCAAGGGGGAGGAUGAGGCUCCAAGGGCGAGAAGUCAAAGUCCUGCUGGUGUUGAACCUCAUCGCCGUGGCUGGCUUCGUCCUCUUCCUGGCCAAGUGCAGACCCAUCACGGCCAAGAGCGGAGACUCCUUCCAUGACAUCCAUCCCAGGGCAGAAGUGGCCAACUCGACAGCCCACGGCGGCAGCUCCAUCCAGGAUGCGGUGCUGAAGAGGCUCUCGCUCCUAGAAGACAUAGUCUACAGGCAGCUGAAUGGUCUGUCCAAGUCACUCGGUCUCAUUGAAGGCUAUGGGGGGCGUGGGAAGGGUGGCUUGCCAGCCACCCUGUCCCCUGAGGAGGAGGAGAAGGCAAAGGGACCCCAUGAGAAAUAUGGCUACAACUCCUACCUCAGUGAGAAAAUCUCUCUGGAUCGUUCCAUCCCGGACUAUCGGCCGACCAAGUGCAAAGAGCUGAAAUAUGGCAAGGACCUGCCCCAGAUCUCCAUCAUCUUCAUCUUUGUGAACGAGGCGCUGUCGGUGAUCCUGCGCUCCGUGCACAGCGCCGUCAACCACACCCCGGCUCACCUGCUCAAGGAGAUCAUCCUGGUGGAUGACAACAGUGAUGAAGAGGAGCUGAAGGCACCGCUGGAGGAGUACGUGAACAAGAGGUACCCGGGGCUGGUGAAGGUCGUGCGCAACCAGAAGAGGGAAGGUCUGAUCCGAGCCCGGAUUGAAGGCUGGAAAGCUGCCACGGGCCAGAUCACGGGAUUUUUCGAUGCCCACGUGGAGUUCACUGCUGGCUGGGCCGAGCCGGUGCUUUCCCGGAUCCAGGAAAACCGGAAGAGGGUCAUCCUGCCCUCCAUAGACAACAUCAAGCAGGACAACUUCGAGGUGCAGCGCUACGAGAACUCUGCCCAUGGGUACAGCUGGGAGCUGUGGUGCAUGUACAUCAGCCCCCCCAAGGACUGGUGGGACGCUGGGGACCCCUCCCUGCCCAUCAGGACCCCGGCCAUGAUCGGCUGCUCCUUCGUGGUGAACAGGAAGUUCUUCGGGGAGAUCGGGCUCCUGGACCCCGGCAUGGACGUGUAUGGAGGGGAGAACAUCGAGCUGGGCAUCAAGGUGUGGCUGUGUGGGGGCAGCAUGGAGGUCCUGCCCUGCUCCAGGGUGGCCCACAUCGAGCGCAAGAAGAAGCCCUACAACAACAACAUCGGGUUCUACACCAAGCGCAACGCGCUGCGCGUGGCCGAGGUGUGGAUGGACGACUACAAGUGGCACGUCUACAUCGCCUGGAACCUGCCCCUGGAGCAGCAUCCUCAGCUGGCAGCAUCUGCUCCAGGGCCUCUGGAAAAACAAUACAGCCUAAAAAAUCUGAGCUGCUGCUGCUUCCUGAGGAAAGGUUACACCUGUGGAGAGUUCCUGGCAUUUGGAGCCACAGUAGUCCCAGAAUUUGGGGUACAGAAUUGGUGCCUGUGCUGCAGUUCUGCUUUCCCUGUGCCCCGUCCCCACAGUUCUGUCCUUUCCUGUAUCGCUUUAGUGACGCUCCCACUGAUGGUCCUUUCUGUCCUCCCCUGCCCACAGCUGGCACGUUACACCAAGGAGGGGUUCCUGCACCUGGGUGCCCUGGGCACCACGACCCUGCUCCCGGACACCCGGUGCCUGGUGGAUAACGGGAAGAGCCGCUUCCCGCAGCUCCUGGACUGCGACAAGGUCAAGAGCAGCCUCCACAAGCGCUGGAGUUUCAUCCAGAACGGUGCCAUCCUGAACAAGGGCACGGGGAGGUGCCUGGAAGUGGAGAACAAGGGAAUGGCUGGAAUCGAUCUGAUCCUCCGCAGCUGCACAGGACAAAGGUGGACAAUUAAAAACUUCAUCAAGUAAAGGCUGAAAGAGUCAGGGGAGUGUGACUCCAGCCACAGCUGACCUGGACUGAUCCGACAGGACUCCUUUGGAAAGGAUGGAAUAUCACAACAGAGCUUUAUUCAUGUUAUCAGGAGAGGACAUGGGGGCAAUGGGCAUCGCUGUCUUUCUUUUGUUGUGCUGAAGUGUCCCCCAGCUGACCCCAGCUGUGUGAAAGUGGGGCAGAACUGCUGGUUCCUUCUGCAGAGCACUGGGGAAGGUGCUGCUGGGACGACUGGGAUGAGCUCCUGCAGCCCCGGGAGCGUCGUGCUGACAGGGAAUUGUUGCUUUCCCAGACAACUCCAAGCCCUGCCAAAAGGGCUGGGUAGGUUCAGGGUCACCCACCCUGGAUACACCUGCCUGCCAAGGGGGAAAAUUUGGGUGCUUGUGAGAGGAAAAUGGUCACCAGGCCCCAAAGGAGAGGAGGGUGAAGGACGUGCUGUCUUGCUGGGUCCUUGCUCUCUUUUCCCUUCCUUGCCCCUGCAUCCAGCAGCCCCUUUCCUGAGUGCUGGAGGAACAAAACACACCCUUCAUCCUCCAGCUCUUAAUCCCAGAUAUCCUCAAACAAAAUGCCACUGAAUAAACCCACUGAUCUCCCAUUCCCCCCCUCCCUCACCCAUGUGCUGAGCAGCACCAGUCCCUCCCAUGGAGACCCCAAAUUCCCCUUGGGAACGAUGUGGGAUGCCUGCCUACCCUUUGGGGACAUCAGGAAUGGUGGUCUCCCUAACUCUGCAGUGGUGUCCUCUUCCCUGUCCUGCCUUCUCCAUGUGUCACCGUGGUCAAGGCCCUCCCCAGACUGUCCUUGUCCCUUUGAACCUUCCCAAGCUCUGGAAGGAGCAGAGAGGGAGGGCAAGAGACCAAAAAAUGGCACUUUGGCUGAAAUUCUUGACCUGCAAGUCACUUCAGGCUUGUUAAUAUGGUGGACUGGUCUCACAGUAAUUUUGGCUGCCAACUCUUGGCUCCCAAACCCACCCAGCUGUCACAGGAGACCAUUAUUUGGGGCCCUGGUGUCUGGCUCACCUGGAAAAGGGAAACAUGGUCCUGCACAAUUGCUGCCCAUGGAUGGACACAGGCCUUGCCCAGCAGAGAGGAGAAGCCAGCCCUUCUCCUGUCCUUCUCACAGAAUAAUACUCUUUCUGGUUGCCCUCUGGCUAGGGUGCACUAAAAUAUAUUAAUAUAUGAGAUGUAUGUGUAAAUAUGGUUCCCAAAGAUGGGAUGUGCACAGAGUUGUUUGCUGCAGAGCACUCAUGCCUGUCUUCCAUUUGCAUCAGGAUGAAGCUACCUGGAUGUUUAAUGAGUUUAAUUUUCAAUGCCAUGCAGCAGGUUUACAACUGAUGUUUUAGUAAUUUAUUGAACAGAAGCAGAUAUAUUUCAUUGUUCCUUCUACAGCAACGUAGGACUGAUUGUUCAUUUAGGCUUUACAGGGCUCCCUCAAGCAUUGGGGUUGUCCCUGAUUUUUUCCCCUUGCCUUCCUUAAUGAAGUAAAACCUCUUAGUUGUCCUGAACUGCAAAGUAGGGAGUCACUGUAGAAUUUUGCUCUCCUUCUUCGCUGUUGCAUCAUCUCUCGUGUAAUAAAUCUCAGCCCUUACCAACCUGA